UAACUAUAUAUAAGCUGCCUGUCUCUGAGCCACCGCCUCCACAGUUCUCAUCCAGAGCCAGACCCGAUUCAAUAUGAGGGAGAUUGUGCAUAUCCAGGCCGGCCAGUGCGGCAACCAGAUCGGGGCCAAGUUCUGGGAAGUGAUCAGCGAUGAGCACGGGAUCGACCCCAGUGGAAACUACGUUGGGGAUUCCGACCUGCAGCUGGAGAGGAUCAGCGUCUACUACAAUGAAGCCUCAUCUCACAAAUACGUGCCCCGCGCUAUCCUGGUGGAUUUGGAGCCCGGAACCAUGGACAGUGUGCGAUCAGGAGCGUUUGGACAUCUCUUCAGGCCAGAUAACUUCAUAUUUGGGCAGAGUGGUGCCGGUAACAACUGGGCAAAGGGUCACUACACCGAAGGUGCGGAAUUAGUAGACUCCGUGUUGGACGUGGUGAGGAAAGAAUGCGAAAACUGCGACUGCCUGCAGGGCUUCCAGCUCACGCACUCUCUUGGUGGCGGCACUGGCUCUGGGAUGGGCACUCUGCUCAUCAGUAAGGUCAGGGAGGAGUAUCCCGAUCGUAUUAUGAACACUUUUAGCGUUGUCCCGUCCCCUAAAGUUUCUGACACAGUAGUUGAGCCGUAUAACGCAACGCUGUCCAUCCAUCAGUUGGUGGAGAACACGGAUGAAACGUACUGCAUUGACAACGAGGCUUUGUAUGACAUCUGCUUCCGCACUCUCAAGCUGGCUACUCCAACCUAUGGUGACCUCAACCACCUAGUCAGCGCCACAAUGAGUGGAGUGACCACUUCCCUGAGGUUCCCUGGCCAACUCAAUGCUGACCUUCGCAAGCUAGCAGUUAACAUGGUACCCUUCCCUCGUCUACAUUUCUUCAUGCCAGGCUUUGCACCACUGACCGCUCGUGGCAGCCAACAGUACCGGGCACUGACCGUACCUGAGCUCACCCAGCAGAUGUUUGAUGCUAAGAACAUGAUGGCUGCCUGUGAUCCCAGGCAUGGACGUUACCUGACGGUGGCCACCGUUUUCCGUGGACGCAUGUCCAUGAAAGAGGUGGACGAGCAAAUGCUGGCCAUCCAGAGCAAGAACAGCAGCUACUUUGUGGAAUGGAUCCCCAACAAUGUCAAAGUAGCUGUGUGUGACAUCCCGCCUCGUGGUCUCAAGAUGUCUUCCACCUUCAUAGGCAACAGCACUGCCAUCCAGGAACUCUUCAAGCGUAUUUCUGAGCAGUUCACUGCCAUGUUCCGACGCAAGGCCUUCUUGCAUUGGUACACAGGAGAGGGUAUGGACGAGAUGGAGUUCACAGAAGCCGAGAGCAACAUGAAUGACCUGGUGUCAGAGUACCAGCAGUACCAAGAUGCCACAGCAGAGGAGGAAGGAGAGAUGUAUGAAGAUGACGAGGAAGAGUCUGAAGCUCAGGGGAAGUAAGGAGAUAGCCUUUCACCUUGAGACAUCGGCACCCUCUACAAGGUUUUAGGAAUCAUUCAUUCAACUUCAUGCGUCUCUUACUGCUUUAGAAUUAUAGAAUCUACGCCUCCAGCCUCCAUUCCCUUUAUUUAUUUAACUCUGUCGUCAUAGGAGUCUAGAAAGUGUGUAACAACGGAAAAUGUGUUUAUUGCCAGGACCUAGGUGUGCUGAUCUUUAUUGGGACGGAGCGUCCGACCGACUAAGAUGUUAAGGCAUGGAAGUGAAUGAGGACCAUGGAAAGUUAGAGAGUUUAGGUAGAGGUGGCAGGUGGAACUAGGCAGGAACUGAGGACCCUAGAAGGUUUCCUACUUUGGCAGGAGAGGAGAUCUGGCACCUUAAGUAAAUACGAGUGUUUUUACCAUCUGUAUUUUUGGCACAGAGAGUUAAUGAAGUAAAGGGACAUGGUCUACAGUUACACCUCUUACUGGGUGUAUCCGAAAACAUUCAUGCAACCAAACAGAAUUACCCCUAAGCCACCCAUACUUUGGUGUAUUGCCAUUUUUUUUUUAAAUCUGAUCAUGUCUGAAACUUUUUUUAAUGUGCAUUUCUUUUUUAAUGUCUGUUUUCUUGGAUUAUUUAUUUUUAAAUUACUAAUAAACUUCCUGCUGUCCGA